CAAGAAGAAUGCUUCUGCAGCUACUGUGGAAGAGGAUGAAGAUAUUUGAUGAUUGCUUCUUUGUCACAUUUCUCCUCUUUCUUCCCCCUUCUCUUGUCUUCAUCUUUGAAUAUUGUUUGUGGAAGAACGAGAGAUUUUUGCAUCUAGCCUUCUUUCUCCUCUUCCUACCCCAGUGUGUUGUGUAGAUUUGUAUCAAGACGAAAAAGUCAUGUCCCCUAUAUGUGUGUUCUUGUCUUGUCUCUUUCUCUCUCUCUCUCUCUCUCUCUCUCUCUCUCUCUCUCUCUCUCUCUCUCUCUCUCUGUAUUGUAUCUAAACUGUGUAUGUUGGUUUGUUUUUGUUGUCGCUAAGCUGGCAAGUCUCCAGCGAAUUGUAUGCGUUGAUAGUGCGUGUUUCUUUCGUGAUAGUCAUGUCAGACAUGUCGCAGGUACGACCCUGGUGUCUGGUCUACAGCCAUAUAACUCAACGAUGCCACGGUCAUAUGAUGUGCAUCGUCACAGACGCGUAAUGGGAGCCGUUCUCAACUGGAAGUGAGUAUCUUCUGGAGCGUGAGCCUUGAGGUGGUGACAGAAAGUCGUGAUCAUCAAGUCGGCACUAAACUUUGAUGCUGAACGCAAGGUAGG